CGCGGGGUCCUAGGGCUGGGCAGGGCAACUGGGCAGGGGAACUGCCGCCUAGUUCCCGGGUGCCGCAGAGCCCCGGUGCCUGACCUUCCCGCCAGCGUGGCAGCUAGUUCCAGGGUCGGCUCCUUCCUGGGCUGGGAGGAGGAGUUUAUGCACCGCUGUGGGCACGCUCCUUUAUUGCGAGUCAGAAGACACGUUCCCGAAGCGUAACAGCAGUGCAAGGCAUCACUGGGUCCGGGGAACUCAGCGGGCUGUGACCGAAGGCUGGGGCCAGGGGACCUGGAGGUAGCCAGUUGCUCUGCUGCCAGUCAGGGCUCUGCAACUACUUUGGCACAAGAUUUAACGAUUUUUAGUUUCCUUAAUGAGAAAAUAAGUGUCAAAGUGACCAGGCGACAAGCGACUUCUAUUGCCAAUUGCAGUGACACUUGAAGAAAGAAGGCACCAAUCCAAGACCAACUCAUGCUAAUGAAGAGGAAAGUGGAAGAGAGAGAGAAUUUAACUGCUAGUUGUAGGAUUAGACGAAACAAAGGAAGAACAGAGGCCCGAAAGGGCUCUCAUGAUCAUAUUCUUCUGGAUAUUCCUGUCACUCGAGAACAGGCAAAUCAUUAUCGGGCUGUGGCUGAAACUGCCCAUAGUGAACUAGCAGCACUUCUGGUAAAAUAUGAAUGUGCCCAAUCAGAGCUUCUAGAUCUCAGAUCCAAAAUAGUCUCUAAAAAAGUCUUAUUGCAAGAUCUUAAGACUGAAGUGGAAAGCUACAAGGAAAAUAAUGCUAGACAAUCCUCUCUACUCCUCUCUUUGCAAAAUCGAGUUCAAGAGAUGGAGGAGGAAUCAGGUAUUCUUGCCACUUCCAAGAAACAGACUGACCUAACAGCACAGGCUGUGCUUCAGGAGAACUGGGAGCUGAAGGAGAAGAUCGAUGACCAAGAAGCCAAACUAAACAAAUAUUUGAAUGAGUGUGAAGAAAGCAAGAAUCAAGUUUCUGAGAUCAGCUGGAAGCAUGGUGAAUUCUUAGCACAGCUUUCUGGAUUCCUGGACGUAGACAUCAGAGGAAAAGAGGAACCACACAAACAUUUAAUUUCAAAGGUCAGCGAGCUGCAUAAAGAAAAUAUGAUGCUAAAAGGGCAGAUUGCCACUCUUGCAGAGGCUAUCAAUAGUCAUGAGAUCGAGUCAAAAGCUAGCAGAGAAACCAUCAUGAGGCUUGUUUCAGGAGUGAGCAAAGAGCAGAAAAAGGCUGUAACUUACUCCCAAGACAUGGACAAGCUUAGCAAGGACCUGGAGAGUGCUUUGACAGCCAGACAGAAUCUAGAGAGGGAGAUCAGAGUCCUCCAAGAGAGUCUGGCUGCUAGCCAGAAGGCUUGGGAAGCCUCAAAGCAGGAACUGCAUCACAUGAAGAGAUGUUCCAGUGAGCUGGAUGCGAGUCUGAAGAGCAGCAUAGAAGAGGCCAGGACUGCUCAGAGCCUGCUGAGUGCUUUUAAAGGGCAAGUUGCUUCCCUUCUCAGCAAUAGCUCUGUAACUGUUAAAGCCUCUGAGGAGGCCAUCAUGGAGAGAAUUCGAGAACUGGGCCAUAGGGAAGAGAGCAAAAAGAUAAUGGUGUCCCAGUUUGAAGCCCAAAUAGCUAAACUGACUGAACAGCUGGAGAAUCAGACCAGAUUGCACCAGGAGUCUCUGCAAAAAGCCAGGAAAGCAGAAAAACAAUGUGAGACACUUCAGGAUCAAUUCAUGCGUCUGGAUGGGGAGUUGGUGUCUGGAGACGUGAUGCUAGAUGGUUUGAAGCUCGAGAAACAAAAAUAUCUUACGUUUUUGGAACAGCUUUCAGAUAAAAUGAACCUUAACAGCGUAGCAGCUGAGAUUGGGUUUGACAUAAGUCUAGAUGCAAUUCUGGCCCGUGCAGAGCAGUUGAUCAAACUGGAAAGUGAUGCAGUGAUUGAAAACAAGACCAUGGCAUACAAUUUACAAAGGAAGUUGAAAGCUCAGAAAGAAAAGCUUGAGAGCAAAGAGCUACAUAUGAACCUUCUGCGGCAGAAAAUAUCCCAGCUGGAAGAGGAGAAGCAAGUGCGAACAGCCCUGGCUGUAGAGAGGGAUGAGGCCAACCUCACUAUUAGAAAGUUACAUAAGAAGAUGGAGAGGUUACAGAAGGAGCUGGCCCUGGCUAGAGACUCUAACACUGAUCUCAAAGCCAAACUAUCUGACACCAAUGAACUUAAAGUCAAAACUCUGGAGCAAACUAGAACCAUUGAGGAACUAAACAAGUCCCAAGGGAAGCUGGAGAAGAUGAAGGAGAAGGCUGAGAAGCAGUUGAUCUGCGUCAAAUCAGAACUACAGUUUACGGAGCACGAAGCAAAGGAAGAUAAAGAAAAGGCAAGGAGCAUGCUAGAAGCAGUUACUAGUGAACUGAAGGCACUUAAAACAACUCUGGCAGAGGUUUCAAAAAGAGAAAGGCAGCUGGCAGAAUUCCGUGAGGUGGUCUCUCACAUGUUGGGCCUUAAUAUUACCAGCCUUGCUCUCCCUGACUAUGAAAUCAUCACACAUCUUGAGAGAUUGAUCCAUUCUCAUCAGCACCAUUUUGUUCCCUGUGUCUGCCUCAAUGUGGCAGUGAGGCAAGAUGGACACUUGCAAAGCCACUUACAGCUUCUUCACUGAAUGGCUGAAUUUCUUCACUGUAUUUGAGAGACCAGCUGGACAGAGCUCAGCACUAUUCAUUUUCAGCACUGUGUCCAGGGGUCAUUGUGGGUAAUUUGAGCCAAUAUUUCUAUAACCAUCUCUGUGUAAAUGUAUAUAUGAAGUGAAAUUAUGGGCCCUCUUGAAAGCAAGAGGAAGUUAGCCAUUGCCUUCAGCAGAGCUAGGAAUUCACUCACUGUACUGGCAACAAACAAAAUACAGAAAAGGAGACACCUUUAAUUUCUUCCACUAUAGAUUGUGAAGUAUUUUUAAUAAGCAAUAUUUUAGUACAACUAACAAGUGUCUGUUUCCCUGACUAGAAAUGAUCACAUGUAAUUCCUUCUACUGUUAAUGGCAGUUACCUGUAUGAAUUCACAUAAGUUGUUAAGAGAAAAGCACCUCCAAUAUAAAGUUUGUAUGUAAUCAAGAUCUAUGUGCUUGACAUACCAUAUGUGAGAUAUAGGCCUGCCUCUGCUUCAUGGUUUGUAGGGCAGCCAGAUUGUGAAAGUUCUCUUGAGUAGUUGGGCAAAUAAGAGCGGUAUCUAUACAGUUACACAUGUGUUGUUCUCAUCAUUGUUAGCCUCUCUGCACCCACCUUCAUUCAUCAUUAGCAGCUUGAUUGGGUAGUGGAAUGCCAGAGGAUAUGAAGUUUGGAAAUAGCGUGCUCUCCCCUCAGAGCAGUGUUGUGAUGCAAUGCACAUUGUAAUUGCAACAUGUUUCUUUUUGCACAGUUAGUGUACCAUAGAGGAGUUGGGAGCAUGUGAAUAGCACAAGGCUAGCCAAUAUUCAUACAAUAGUAUGGGAGCCCUGGAAUGGACAAAAUUGACCCUCCGUUAUGUAAUGUACUUUUUAAUAGAUGUUGAUCUCUACAAAAAUCAAGAAGGGGAAAAGACCUUCUAGCCGUUUAGCUUUUCCUUCAGUUAAGGAUGAUGCAUUGGAAUGGAAGAUGCCCAGCUGCCACUUUCAAGAUCAGACCUCCAUUUCUGUGCAUUUUUAUGCAUGAACUGGUUUUAGUUUGGAUAAAUCUGAUUGCAUUUGUAUGCCAUAAAAGGACCACAUUUUGGCAUGAAGAAUGUAAUUUUUCUAGUACCAAUCUUGCUUCACUACUCGGGUGCCAAAACAAAGGUCUAAAAUUAUUUUCUAUCUCUUUAAUAUUAAUCUUUUCACAUGCGGACCUGUCAUUUAAACAGGACAGAUAUUUUUGGUGGGAUCACAUCUUACCUUCACUUCCUGAAAAGAAAAUCUUAAUAAUGUUUUCUUAGAGCAGCAGAAAUCUUUUCUUACCUGCUGUAGUUUGUCAGGCGGUUGCUUUUUAAGCAGUUGAAGUUGUAGCUCUUCUUAAUUAAAAAUUAAUUUAAAAAUAUUCUGAUCCAAUUCUUCCAAAAGUUGAAUGACAAAAAGAAACUUGAUUAAAAAAAUAUCUCUUGACUGUUGUCCAGAAAUGGCUUUUAAUUUGAUUUUUACUAGUGUUCUUUCAAGAUCUUCUAUAACACAUUCUUUUUUUAUUAAAUUGAAUUGUAAAUCCUAUUUUAAUUGAGCAUUCAGCUGUCCUUUCAUGUACUUAAUCUCUCUUCCAUUUGCAUAUCUCAUGUGCACAAAAUAACACCUAAUAGGCACAUGCCCUUGUCAUGAAAUAAAUUUAAGCUUCCAGGAGAUGGGGCAUCUCAACAGAGAUUACUUCAGUCAUUAAACAUUCUUAAUCUAUAUUUUAAGGAAAAUUAUUUAUAAUCUUCAUGAUCUUUGUUUUUCUUAAAAAAAAAAAAAUCUUAGCACAGGAUUAGGAGGGAUUUCAUAUGUAAUGCACAAUUGGCUACAUGCCAUGUAGAUUGAUUUUUUUUGUUUUUAUUUUGCUUUUCUAUGAAACAUUCCAGAGCUUGUGAUUGUGGGUUCCAGUCCCACCCAUGUCCCUUCCCACCCUGAGAGCAGCCAGACCACCAUCACCAACACCUUCAGGGCUGGAGUUUGAGGCAGAUAAAUUAGAUGACCUGCUAAAGGCCACAAACAGAUUCAGUGUCUGUGAGAUUAGAGCAGGGAUGUUCUUCGGUGCUCAAACCAAGAGACCAAGGGUGAAAUUCUGGCCUUUUUGAAGCUGGUAGCAAAGCCCCUGGUGACUUCAGUGGAGGCAGGAUUUCCCCUCAAGUCCAAAGAAAGGCCGUAUAGUCUCUUGUGUUUUAAGCCCAGGACUAGCAGAAUCAGGAACUUGUGUUCUAAUUUUGGCUUUGACUUUGUUCCCUUAAUUUUUAAAUUGUUCUAUAUGCAGAAAUAGUACAUCAAUGACACUACAUCUCUUAUUUACAAUAUUUGCUUUUCUUCUGGAAGAAUUACUGGUAUCUUUGCUCAUUUAGCUAAAGCAAAUAAAAAUAAACAUGACAUGAACAAAGUUCAGAAUGAUUUUUUUAACCAUGCAGUUUAAUUAAUCCCUGAACAAAGUUUAAGCUGAUUUGUAAUCUUCUACUUUGUUUCAUGUAAUGUCAAGAACUUCAGACUCAUUAUUUUUCACAAGAAAAAAUUAUUUUAUUUAAAAUUCUCUUAGAAUCUUUUAUUUUCAAACCAGGAUGCAGCAACCUAAAUCCAAAUUAAUUAAAACCUUCCCCAAAAUACGUUUUAAGAUAGAAAAGGCUUGGAAUACCAUGUGCUAACCGUUACUCUUAGGAGCAGAGUAUUGUUUUCUCUGCGUUUGUUUCAGUGAGUAAGAAUAAAGAGUAAGUUUACAGAGUUGGCCACUAUUUCUUUACAAGGGUUACCCUUUCAUUACCGUAGAGGAUUAUAUUAGAUAGAAAUUAUUUUAAAAAUGGAAAUGUAUUUUCUUGUAAUGUGCAUAAAGCUAUAGAAUGUUUUCAAUCAAAGGUCCACAUUUUGCUAUCAAUUUUUGUGAUAAAACUGAAGUAAUUCCACUGAAUGUAAUGCUGUUAGAUUUGCAAUGGUAAACAAGGCAGAAUUUGGCUCGACUUGUUUACAAUUUUCACACUAAUCACUGAAAUUAAAAUAAAUUGCAUAUAAUUUGUUGAAUUUUAAUCUUUUUCUCUUCCUAUCUUUUUUUGAACAAAUUGUCACAGUUUUUGUACUGGAUAAAACAAUAUAUUGUAUCCUGUGUGCCACAGAAAUAAGAUAAAGGAUUGUUUUUAAAAAAAA